AUGUUAUAUAUAAAUAACACAUUUCAAUUCUUGAUGCUCAAAACAGAACAUCCGAGGACUUUCUUCAGAGCUCGCAUACACCGAAUACAUUUAUUAAUUUGCAUAUCAAGCAUCAAGAACAAUGGCGGCAGUACGAAGCCAAGACACAGAUCUAUACAUGUUAAUGGAUGACAAACAACUAAGGAAGCUUGCAACACUACUAAGAAACCAAGAAGAACCAUUAAUGAUGUCUAUCAAAUCCGAGCCGGAUCGAAUCAAAUUCCUCACGGAAUGUAACGAUGUAUACGACAUUACUGUCAAAAUCGUAGACAUCAGUGCCGAGCUCCGGAAAAAGCACGAGGCGUCGCGAUCUGUCGACGGUCUAAAGGCAGACAUUGCUGUAAAUUUACAGGAAUAUGUGAAGUAUGGAGUGAAUAUGAGUAUGCAGUGUAUUCGUAAUUGUGGUAUGCGAUUGUCAGCUGUGGAGAAACUUAAGGCACAUUUUGAUGAUCUUGCGGAUGAACUUAAUAAGAUUGAUUCUAGGGUUGAUUCGGAUGGUAUUCAGAGUUUGGCUCAAGAAGCGGCUUUUUACAAGCAAGCUAUGUUGGAAUAUGCUAACAAUUUUCAAAGUGGGUCCGCUCGUGCUCAUUCCAGGGAGUAUUCUAUGACUCUUAAGCAAGAAGGGAUUCAAUUCCCAAACCUUGUGGACAGGCAUAAGAAUAGGCUUGGAUAUAAGGAGGAAUUUGAGUUUUUGGAAGAUGAUCAAAAGCUUGAGGUGUACAAUAGCAUCAUCAACGAAUCAGGGCGCGCAAACCUUCCAAAGGUGUACAAGAGAAAUGCUAAUCCGGGUGCUAAAGCAGGUGGAAUAGCUGUGUUGGCUAUGAGUGCAAGCAUGAUGGCAUGGGACAUCUUUACAGCGGAGCAUAAACUCGAGGCUGUGCUCAAUAGUGCUGUAUCAGUGCUAGCAGAAAUCGGUGCCUUUGCAGUGCAAGUAGCUGUCGGUAGUGCUGUGUCGACUGCAGUAGCAAAUGUAGCUACAGGGGUGCUUUUAGUCUCGUUGGCUGGGUUUGUGGCAGGUGCUGUUGCUGGCAUACUCUUCGCUGCUGCUGCAGGUGCAUUGAUUGACCUCAUUCUUGGGUCUGGCGGUAAAGCCGCACCUAAUUUAGACCAUCUUAAGUUCUAUACAGGUACCAUGCCUGAUGGCAUGGCUCUUGCGAAUGAGUUAUCUCAUUAUGGAUAAAAUUGUCACACUAAUGAUUCAUGCAACUCUUUGAAUUGAAUGUCUGAAAAUUUUAUGUAACUUCAUAAUAAUGAGUGUGGGUCCAAUAAACUGUCUUUGUUUUUCAUAGAAA